UGGUGUCAAACUAUAUUGUCAGGGGCGGUAAAUACGAAAAAAUGGCGGAAAAUGUUUACAAACACAGCAAGCACUUGUUUACAAAAGAAAAUGAACCAAUCCUAUUUUUCUUGAGACCUUGCCCAGAUAAAUCUAAAAUCAAUCCAUUAGUUGAGUAUGGUGGUGGGAAGGUCCUUUCUAAAUUUGUGACUGGAGCUAUCAAAUUGGCUCAGGAUGGGGAUUAUGUUUCCUCUGGAGAUUACAUUUCUACCAAAUAUGUAUUGGAUUGUGUAAAAAAUAAUCAUCUUAUGGAUACAGAGAAAUACAAAAUGAAAAGACAGGGAAGUAAAAAGUUCAGUGUUGACAAUGCUGAAGAGUUGAGUAAUGUUAGUGAUGAUCUUAGUCCCUCCAGUUCUGUUUAUAUUGAAGCCAAAGAUAUCAAAGGAAGAACUAAGUACACAGACGAAGAAGAUGUGGCAAUGUUGAGUUACAUUGUAACGGAGCAUCGUCAGAAUGCUAUACAUGGAAAUCAACUGUAUAAAGACAUGCAAGUCUUAAAGAUUACAAAGCAUACAGCUCCUUCAAUGAACAGUAGGAUGAGAAAAUGUAUAUUACCAAACAUCAGCAAAUACAAUAUCCCAAAGAAAUGGAAAAAAAUAUUUUCAGAAAAAGUUUCACCUAAAAAAGAUAACACAUUAACAUUAGAGCAGACUAUAAAAAUAAAGGAAAACAUAACAAAUGGGAAACCCAAAAUAAAACCAACAAGUGAUUUAUCUGAAGAGAUUGAUUCCUUCAUAACAGAAGAUGAUUUUGAUCAACAAUUAAAAAGUAUCAGCAAAGGCAAUGUAAAUUCAACACCAAACAAAGAGCUACAGGUGAAUUUAUCAAAGUCAGUUGUUCCAUCAGACAAUCAACAAGUAGUUACUGAUACACGAGAUUGUAAUCUAAACAACACCAAUGAGGCUGGGUCAGACGAAUGUUCUGAUGAGGAAUUAGAUGCUAGUUUAAUUAGAUAUCAAAAUAACGAAGAGGAAAGUACGUCAACAAAUAAGAAUAGAAAGUCAAGAAAAAGAUUACGAAAGAAAACUGAUGGCACACCAAAUAAAAAGACAGAACAGACAAGGCAGUCUAAUGAAAAUAAAAAGAGUCGCACACGAUACAUCCUUGAUGAUGAGGAUAAUACAGAAGACACAUCUGAUGAUGAGGUAAAGAUAAAUGAAGUAACAGAUGAUAUACAGAACAAAUUAAAGAUAUUUGGCGAGACAUAUGGCUUGUUACAAGAAGAAGUAUUAUAUCUACUACAACAGCAUGAUGGUUGUGUACAGGAAACUAUUCUAUUUAUAGAAUCAGGAAAAAGUAAACUAACUUGGGAAUUGGAUGAUGAUAAACAUGUAGAAAAUAACAGUAGUAUGGACAAACUGACAUCCAAAUAUGGCGAAUCAAGAGUCAGAUUGAGGGCAGCUUUUCUCGAGGCUCUUUAAUGUUCCUGGUAAGGAGCAACAAGGAGACAGAUUUUAAUGAAUUCAGAGGGUCAUUAAUGUUCCUGUUAUCUUAUUGAAUCCAGAACCCUACCUAUAGUAUAAUUUCUACACAGAUUUUUAAAUUUAGAUUAUUUUAUAAUCAGUCUGUUUAAGAUCAUCUGAGGUUGAGUUAAGUGUUCAUAUUGAAAUGAGCUAAAAUUCCUUUAUAUGUUUUAUGUUUUACUUCACUAAUCAAUAUGACAAAAUGUAUAGAAAUCAGGACUUUUUCGGGAGAUGUUGCAAUGUAAACAAUGAAUAAUGAAUUAAAUUAGAAAUAGAUUUUUAA